CAGGCACCGCCCUCGGCCCCCAGCUCGCUGUUCACCAGGCCCCGCCAGCUUGCGCCAUGGGCUACCUCUUGGGGUGCACAGCUAUGCGAGCAUUGCUGUGCCGGCCAGGCAUCCCAGGCCUGCGCCUGCUGGUGCGCCCCAGUUCCGGGACUAGGUCCCUCUCCAAAGUAGUAUUUGACUUUGGAGGAGAUGCUCAUUGCCCUGGCAGUCGCCUGGGGUUGCAGGAACGUGAGGACAACUGGAGACUCCCUGACAGUGUUUGCUUUCCAGGCAGCCUUAACCCCAUGGCAGGAGGGCCCUCCUGGCCCCAGGAGCGGACCCUGGUUGCUGUGAAGCCGGAUGGGGUGCAGCGGAGGCUGGUGGGGACUGUGAUCCAGCGCUUUGAGAGGCGGGGCUUCAAGCUGGUGGGGAUGAAGAUGCUGCAGGCACCAGAGAGAAUCCUUGCUGAGCACUACCAGGACCUACAGAGGAAACCAUUCUACCCAGCCCUUAUCAGCUACAUGAGCUCUGGGCCUGUAGUGGCCAUGGUCUGGGAAGGGUACAAUGUGGUCCAUAUCUCAAGGGCUAUGAUAGGACACACUGACUCAACCAGAGCAACCCCCGGGACCAUCAGGGGAGACUUCAGUGUUCACAUCAGCAGGAAUAUCAUCCAUGCUAGUGACUCUGUGGAAGGGGCCCAGAGGGAGAUCCAGCUGUGGUUCCAGAGCAGCGAGCUCGUGAACUGGGCAGAUGGUGGCCACCACAGCACCUGCUACCCAGCCUGAGGGUUCAAACUACCCUCUGUACUCCAGGAUCCACAGGGACCAACUACCUCUGUCAACAAGAACUCAAGCCCACACCCUUCCCAUCUCCCAAAACACUUCCUGUUCACCUUUUGUCCCACUCCAGCCCAGGGGUGUGUUUGUGCCCCAACUUCAUGUGCCUUUUUGUAUUCUAAGCCAGCACAAGAUUGGACCAUAUCCUGUACCAAAGUGCCAGACAACCUUUGGGACAUUGUCAAAGGUGACUUCUUUGCCUGCCCCAAAGGAGAUACAUUAAAAUCCUCUGCUUAGAAUGGGAA